AUGUCCCUAAACCGCCUCCUCGGCACCCAGUUACAUCACACAAUCGCUUACCAUCCCGAGUCCAAUAGCUUGAUCGAGAGGUUCCAUCGCACAUUGAAAGCAGCUUGCAUGUCUCACUACAACUCCUCAACCUGGUACUUGCAACUUCCAUGGGUCCUCCUCGGCCUUCGGACCACGCCUAAAGAGGGCCUACACCUGUCAGCAGCCGAGAUGAUACCUGGAGAAUUCUUCCCUGAUAAUGACACCUCACCUGACAUCAUCGGACUCCAGACCAUUGUCGCAAAAUUAGCCCCUUGCCUGCCAUCCUACAGGCCAAACAAGAAGACCUUUAUCCUGAAGGAUCUACACAUGGCAACACAUAUAUUCAUCAGAACCGAUGCUGUUUGUCCGCCUUUGACCCAGACUUAUACUGUCCCCUACUGGGUCCUCAACCGCAAGCAGAAAGCCUUCCUCGUCGACGUCUAG